AUGCCCGGCUACGAGGACGAGGGCGAUCUCAUGCCCUAUCACGGAAAAGCCAGCCGCGCCGCCACCACAAAGAUGCCCUGGUGGAAUCCUCGCUACUGGGCCCGCAAGGUCUGGAUCGCCAUUGUCGUCGUCCUGAUCAUCAUCAUUGUCAUUGCCGUGGCCGUCGGCGUGACAGUCUCCAAGAACAAUGCCUAUCCCAGCUACAAGGAGCUGUCCUACACGCUGCAAGAUACAUACUCUGGAGAAAACUUCUUUGAUCAGUUCAACUACUUUCACGAUUAUGACCCUGCCCAGGGCUUUGUGCACUAUGUCGACGCCGCCGCCGCCAAGCAAUAUAACCUGACAUACGCCACCCAAAACUCGGCCGUCAUCAAGGUCGACACCACCGUCGGCCCGGGCUCCAAGCCCGACGCCUCCACCGGCCGCUUCUCCGUGCGCAUCGAGUCCAAGAAGACGUACAACAAGGGCCUCUUCCUCUUCGACGUCAAGCACACACCCCUCGGCUGCGCCACCUGGCCCGCGCUCUGGCUCACCGACGCCGCGCACUGGCCGGACCACGGCGAGAUUGACGUCCUCGAGGCCAUCAACGGCGGCGACGCUGGCAACAUGAUGACGCUGCACACGGCGCAGGGCUGCAGCAUGGGCGGCAAGCGCAAGAUGUCGGGCAAGGCGCUCGACAGCUCGUGCUACGUCAAGGACAACAACAACGCGGGCUGCGGCGUGCAGGCCGCCGGCAAGGACUCGUUCGGCGAGGCGUUCAACCAGAAGCAGGGCGGCGUCAUGGCCGUCGAGUGGCGCGACGACGGCAUCCGCAUGUGGCAGUUUAUGAGGGACGCCAUCCCGGCCGACAUUACGGGCAAGAAGCCGACGCCGGACGCCUGGGGCACGGCGGCGGCCGACUUUCCCAACACGCACUGCGACAUUGGCGCCAAGUUUUCAAACAACUCGAUUGUGGCCAACAUUGACCUGUGCGGCCAGCUGGUCGAGGCCAGCUGGAACAGUUCGAGCUGUGGUGGCGGCGGCGCCAAAUGCACAGACGUGGUCGCGACCAAGCCGACCGAGUUUGCCAAUGCGUACUGGGAAUUCGGCGGCUUUGAAGUGUACCAGGCCUCGUAG